AUGACUGAUUUUAUUGGGAAGACGAUUGCUCUGAUAUCGCAGAAAGAUAUUCGUUAUGUGGGUAUUUUGGAAGACAUAGAUGGCAACGAAAGCACAAUUUCUCUCAAAGAUGUGAGAGUCUUUGGAACCGAGGGAAGAGUGACUGAUCCUUCCAGAAUCGUGUUCCCAUCCACUGAAAUCUACACUAAGAUCAUGUUGCGUGGACCAGACGUAAAGGACCUCAGCAUUUUGGAACAGAGCAUUGAUCAGGUGAGACCUGAACCGGUUCCAGCUCCACCAAAUUUCAACGGGUAUCCUGGGAUUCCGCCUGUGGGUCCAGGGGCUCCAAUUCAGGGCCAGCCACAGCCACAAGCACAGCAGCCUCCUGCCCAACAGAAGCCAACACCAGCACCAAAACCUGCGCCGGUACCAGCUCAAAAGCCCGAGUCCAAGUCAGAGUCCAGACAAGAAACCAAACCAGCACCACCAGCUUCAGCAGCUCCAGUUCCUGCUCCAAACGUGCAAAAACCUAGAGUUCAAAAACCUCAAGAGAACAAACAGACGGUGGAUUUGAAACAGGAUUUUGAUUUCGAGUCCAGCAACGCCAAAUUCACCAAAGAGGUUGACGUCGAGGACGAUGACACUGGAUUUUACAAUAAGAAGUCCUCUUUCUUCGACACGAUCUCCUCUUCCACCAAGCCAGGCAGUGGUGAGGGAAUGAGGUGGUCCGAAGAGAAGAGCCUCAACUUCGACACUUUCGGCCAGAGCGAGGUCUCGAGAGGAAGAGGUAGAGGUAGAGGACGUGGUAGAGGAAGAGGUGGAAGAGGAAGAAGAGGUGGCUUUAGAGGCAGUGACAGGCAACCUGAGUGGGCUUAA